AAUUCGGAGUGACAGACCUUAUCCCAGAGAGUUUGGCGGCGGAAACCAAGUAGUCCCUCACUUUCUGCUUUGCGAACACUACUUGUCAUAUCUUUGCCUUUACCGUUUCUUUUAGAAGUGUUAUUUGCACGUUUUUCAUAGAAUUUGUGAAAAAAGAAAAACUUCUUCGAUACAGUCAGCGCAUUUCGUGCCAUCAAAGAUUUAUUCUCACCCCAAUGAGGUUCGCCAAAGCAUUGUUCAUAACAAUUUUGUAAAUAAACGCAUUACAUUUAUACCUACUCCUGACAUUAUGGAAUCGGAAAACCACAUCACCAUGAACAUGCAGAAGAUGAGCCUUGUAUUCUGAGGUGGAUGUAUAAUUAUCCAAAGAAGCAUUCAGUCAUUUCUCACUCAUUUUUGUGAACAGCCAUCAUGAGUACUCAACCAGUACAUCCUGCUCCAGUGCCUGUACGAUGCAGAAGCAGCUUGUUGAUCAAGACACUACUUUUCAUUAUUGUUUUUGCUAUUUGUUUUUAUUUGUAUUUUAGCAUAAAUUACAACUGGACGAGCCUAAUGGUAAUAGCCACUUAAUUUCUUAUUGUGAGCUUAGUCUGGAAAUGCCACUUUGGCAAACAGAAGACAGAACAUAUGAAAACUAUGUCAAUAUCAAAGCUCAUUACGUUCAGAAAACACCUUCACUUAAUUUUUAAUGAUAUGAAUAAGGCUAAAUAUUUUACUGCCUUCAUCAGUAAAAUUUCACAAUUCAUUUCACAAAUCUAAAAUGCACAGGUGGGAUAAAUAUAGAAAACAUUCCACACUACACUACUAUGGCCUCUGUACUGAAACUACUCAAGGGUCAGAGCUUCUUAAUUUGUCUUCAGAUUUCAUAUGAUGGCUAAUGUUCUCUGCAUUAAUUUCCAUGUGAGAUGUAGAAGCAAAUGUACAGGUAACUGCCAAAAAACAAGCGCUUUAAUAAACGGGGGAUACAAAGUACAAUGAACGUAGGUGCAUCCACACAGGUUGCUGAUUUAAGCAAUCGAUAUCCCAGCAUGCUGACGAUGUGUACACAGUGCUUAGCAAGCCCAGAUUCCCAUUGUUUUGGAAGAAGAAAUCUCUGUGAUUCUGCCAAAAAACAAGCGCUUUAAUAAACGGGGGAUACAAAGUACAAUGAACGUAGGUGCAUCCACACAGGUUGUUGAUUUAAGCAAUCGAUAUCCCAGCAUGCUGACGAUGUGUACACAGUGCUUAGCAAGCCCAGAUUCCCAUUGUUUUGGAAGAAGAAAUCUCUGUGAUUCUGAAUGAGGGGUGGUUGUUCAAAAUGAGUUUGAGUUUUACAUUAUUCUCCAACAGGAGCCAACUAAAAAUCCAUUCAGAGAGAUGUCUGUGGAUGACAUAAUGCAUUCAGUAUGGGAUGAUCUCCCACCAGACGGCAACUUCAGCUCUAUUGAAAGCUCUUCCAGUGGCAAGCACAGUGUGGUCAACCUGGAGCAGCCCGGAGCCCAGUACUGUGUGGGGGACAGCUUAAUCGUGCUGGUGAACAUGAAAGACCACAGGGGGAACCCAAAGGUGCAUGGAGGCGACUUCAUCCUGGCCCGAAUCCACUCUCCCAAUCUCCAGGCUUCUGCAUCAGGAGAAGUUACUGACCUGCUCAAUGGCUCCUACCGGGUGCGUUUCCGCCUGUUCUGGCCUGGAGACGUACUGGUGUCUGUGCUUCUCAUGCACUCCUCAGAGGCUGCCGGGAUCCUCAGGAGAAUCAGUGCGCACAAUUACGAUAAGAUCAUAUACAUCGGAACCUUCUACAGUGGAAACAAAACUGAGGAAUCUCAGUGCGGCAUCCGGCUGAAAGCAGACAAGCCUCUCUGUGAGUACGGGAAGAAGGAAGACGCGGAGUACUACGCCUGCGUCCAACCCGAAACCCUUCCCUGCAGCACCCUGAGGACCAUGCGGUCCAGAAAUGGCCCAAUUUCUAACAUGACCAGGGAUGAGCAUUUGCUCCUGAGCAGGAAAUACACUGGGAUAAAAAUGAAAGGCAGCUUUGGCCCUGUGAAAGUCAUCAGUUGUCCUGCAGGGACCCACAGACCGACUGAAAAGUGUGUGGCAGGGUUUGGAAUGACGUCCCCUUCACCGAGCGGCUACUUCUUUAAAAACAGAUGGUCUUCCACCUCUUGCCAGACGGGCAACUUCUUCAGUGCGGACGCCAUCAGCAGAUGUCUGAAGGGAAGGAACCUGAAACUCAUGGGAGACUCCACUGUGCGCCAGUGGCAAGAGACACUCAUUAGAGUGCUAAAAGGUCUGAAAUAUGUAAAACCAUAUAAUACUCAUUACUCUGUGCUGGCUGCGGACCCACAAAGGAACAUCACUGUCCAGUGGAAGAUGCAUGGGCAUCCUUUCGUCACUGGCUACAACGUGGUCAAAGAUGCCGUGGGGUACGUUUCCAGAGAAGCAGACAGAGUAGAGGUUAGCGACGUGGUGGUCAUUGGAGUGGGACAGCAUUUUAGGCCCUUCCCCCUGGAGAUCUUCGUCCAGAGGCUGAUCAACAUGCGUAAGGCCAUCCUGAGACUCCAUGAACGCAGCCCCCAGACCCUCGUCGUCAUCAAGCUGGAGAACACCAGGGAGUUUCGCUCAGAGAUGACCCACAUGAGUGACUGGUUUGGCCUUGUGCAGAACCUGGCUCAGAGAAAGGUGUUCAGGGACCUGAAGGUGGUGCUGGUAGACGCCUGGGACAUGACAACAGCCGCCAACACCUUCGCCAUCCACCCUAACAGCAUGAUUGUUUCCAAUGAGAUAGCCUUAGCUCUGUCACACCUCUGUCAUGAUGCAUAGAGGCUCUUUCUGAAAGGAACUAUAUAGCAGGGGUUUCUAACUCCAUUUCCUGUAGAGACUGUGUUUAAAGCACACUCAGGGGGGCUUGUGUUACUAGGUUUGUUUUACAGUACACUUGGGGCUUUGCCAUUUUUUAAUUGUGCCUCUCAUAUUAACAGUAGGCAUUUGAUACUGGGGUGGGAUUUCAGUGUGUAUUAAUGAUUAUAGGAUAACUAAUUUAAUUAAAAAAUAUAUUUAAUGUCAGUCCCAAGGGUGGCUAACAAGAGGUUUCUAACUCCAUUUCUCUAGAGACUGUGUUUAAAGCACCCUCAGGGGCUUGUGUUACUGUGAACUUGGGGCUUUGUAAUUUUAAGGAAUCCGUGCUCCCGCUUUGUUUUGCUUUCUCCACUGUCACCUGGCCCGUGCCGGGCUGCAAGUACCCGUGCUGAUUUUAGCUCCUGCUGUGGGGUAGGUGCCAAAGGUCCUAUCCAUGCUGCAAUUCGACACUGUAGACCGUUGAUUGGUGAAUGGAAAUCGUCACAAAUACCUCAUCCCAUGUUCACGUUUGUUCACUGGCAGUAUUUUUUAAAUUAAAAAAAAAAUUUUCUUUUAAUUUUUAAAUACCACAACAGCAAAUAGCACAACAGCAAGAGAGAGUAAUGUUAACUAGCAAAUUCUA